GCCAAGGGUGCAGUUUGCUCAGUGCAGGUUGCACUGCAGCGCUGUUACCUGCUGGCACCGCUCUGCACUUCGAGUGCUUUCCAAGGACAAAGCGCAUGGGUGUUCUGCAGAACUACUCAGAGAACUUCCAGCAGGGAGCUGGAGGGAGGGUCCUGCUGGUCUGAGCCUCACCAGGCAUUUCUGACCAGCCUGUGUGUUCAGAGAUUGCUGCAAAGCUGGGAAGAGUUGGGAGGGAGCAGGGAAAGAGAAGCCCAUUUCACAUCGAUGCAUAGAGGAAUGUUUGCCUAUUUAAACCCUGCAAGUGCCAUAAUGAUGCUCUAUAACUGUAUAGGGGAGAGGAAGCUUCCAAGAGCAGAUUACUAUGCAAAGCCAUAGAAAAAGCCAAAAGAGGUUAUGAGUAUCUUGAGAUUUUGCAUGGAGUUCAGUGUUCACUAGAGAAGGAGUGAGGGAGGUUAAGGACUCCAUAAGUCACUAUAAAGAUUGGAGAACGUGGGGUGAGACUGUGAGUAUGUAAGAAGAGAAAGGUGGUGGGUUUAAGCUAGGAAUGAGUUCUGCUGCUGCUUGUUGCACUGCAUUCCUUUGUGAUGGCGAAUGUUUGCAAUGAGACUUUGUACUUCUGGCAACCAGCCACACAUCCAGCUUGGGAGAUCCUAGGUGAGGUCCGCACAGGGGUGACUGCGUGACCUGAGCCUUGUGUAUGGCACAGAGUGUUGGCUUAGAGACACAAAGGGGCUCUCAGAGAAGAGCCAUAUCCUGGUUGCUGCUGGGCAUCCACGUUAGCAAAGCACUUUGAGCAGUGCUGGCAUUGCUUUCUGAGUCCAUCAGUUGAACUCAUUAUUGCAAAUUACAAUCAUCAUAAAUGAGUUGAACUCAUUAACGUGCUGUGCAGCGCUCCGAGGGUGGUCCUAGCACUGCUGAUACCUGCAAUAAUUGCAUUUCUUAAUUCUGUAGAUGCGCGCUGAUAAAUUAGGCUUGGGGUCACAUGCUGAAAACAGAGAAAGCAGUUAGAACAGGGGGAGGUGUCAGAGCAGCUCCCUGCUCUGAGCAAGGUGGGGGCCUGGGGAAACUGCUCCCCCUGAGCUCCAGUGACACCUGAAAGUCUGAAAGAAGCCACUUAGUUUGCAUGGGGAUUUCCAGCCCGAGUCCUUGACUUGGGAAUUCUAGCAGUCUUUUCAUGUGUGUUGGUGUUAAUUACUGAAUAAUACCCUUCUUGCAGCUAACAGUCUUGCAAUGUAUACUAAAUGUAUUUAGGAUUAAUGAUACCAACUGAGAAUGCUGUCAGGAAUCUUUGUUGCUCAGUAUCAGCACAGCAACAAAGAAGCAAUAUUACCAACAUGAGUGAUUCUUUGAAGUCACUUGCUUAAAGAAUCAGAAAUUUCAGAACAGCUUAUUUAGCAGACCCCGGGUUCUACUAGGCCUGUGUGUCAUCCUCUCAUCUUUUUUUGCUCCCCUACGAGUCCAAGGCCGUCCUACAGUCAGCAUUUUCAGCACAUUCCAAUGGCGUGGAUGAUCUAUUGAGCUAUUGCUGACACUUGAGUAGUUUGUGCUGAGCCAUUUUUGAUUAUUCUACUUUGCAAUAACACCCUUUGACAGUGAUUCUUUGUUGCCCUCGCAUAACCUGCGCUCACAGAAGUAGGCAGCUCAGCAAAGGAGGUUCCUGGAAUUACUGGGGACAGCAUGGAGUUCCAAAAGCAUUGCCUGCCCUCCAGUGCUGCACCCCAUGAUCGGUCACAGGGGUCAUCCCGUCCCUGCUGUGAGCAAAGCUGCCUGGAGUGAGGGGGAGAAACCCCCACAGCCCUGCAGAGGGUGGGGAGCUGUGAAGAAACGUGUCCAUGUGGUGUGUAAAUACGGGUUGGCCUGAUUGCUGCUUUCACAGCUGCAGCUUUAGGUGAUCCCCCAGCUGCAGCCUCGUGCCUCGCACACCAAAGGGUUUGGAAAGCACACACUGCUGUCCUGAUGCUGAGAUCAGAAUUGUGGCAUGAUCCAUCCAGAUAAAUGGCACUGCCUGGUACAGUCCCUGAUGCCAACAUCCUGUGAAGACACAGUGAUUAUUUCCCUGCUCACCUCCCGCAAUAACUGCCUCUCUGCAAAUGAAGCACCCAGACUGUUCAAAGAGAUGCUGCAACUGAAAGGGGAGGGCUUGCGUUUGUCUGGGUGCUCCUACCCGCUCCAUACACCUGUGCAGUGCUUCCAGGUGCUCUCCCACCUGUGCCCUGGCCCUGCUGACUAGAGGAGUGCAGGCAGGAAGCUUUUCCUGCAGUGCUCAGAUAAUACCUCUCUGAACAGAUGUCUGCCAUACAGGUAAGCACACAGUGACACGUCGAUGUGUUUACAGCUACCUCAUGACUUACUGCUGCUCUGACUGGUUUUACAUUUCCACACAGAUGAACAUCAAUAGCCAGGAGCUUUGGGAGGAAAUGCUGUGUCUUGAAGGCCUCCUUGUUGUUGAUGCAUAUCAAGCCUGGUGUGGCCCAUGCAAAACUGUAGUGGAUCUUUUCCGAAGGAUAAGGAAUGAAGUCAGCAGUGACCUUCUGCACUUUGCUGUGGCUGAAGUUGAUUCCAUUGAUGCUCUGGAAAAAUACAGAGGAAAAUGCGAGCCCAUCUUUCUCUUCUAUACAAGAGGAGAACUGGCGGCUGUUGUAAGAGGAGCAAAUGCCCCUUUGCUGCAGAAGACCAUCCUGAAACAGCUGGCAGAGGGAAGGAAGGUCUUGGAGCAUCGAGGAGAGCAUUCGGUGGUAAUCAGGCUCUGAAUCCUUCUCCUUAGAGCCAAGGCUCGUCUCUCCCGUGCCAGCCCGGCUCUGAAGCUGGGCUGCUUCCUGCCAAUACCGUGCCUGUUUUUCUGGUCUGAUCCUGAAUGCUGACGUGCCCCCUGUGUCACAGCACUGCGCAGCUCUCCUGGGUGUAGAGAAGCUGAAAGGGUGGUUGUGCCCUCCCAAGAGGACGGAGGAGGAACAGCAGCAGAAACACCCAGCUCUGCAGGAUGGAGAGGGAUCUCCGCUGUGUUUCUCCUGCUGUGCUCACCCACCCCUAGCAGUAGUUAUUCCUUUCGGACACCUUAGCUUUUAAUUCCAUAAUCCAGCAGCUCUCUGACGGCAUUUCUCAGGCUGCAGGGGUGGGCACUUCAUUGCACCGUGCCACGCUGCAGCCAGCGCUGGGAUAUCACCGUGCAAUGGCUGUACCUGGCAGCAGCUGUGCUACAUGGGCACAGCGCUGCUGAGGAAACGCAGCCUUUGUUCUGAGCUGGCGGUACCACC